GCACAUAAGGAUGUGGGUAAAUACGGCUUUAAAAGGGGAUCGGCCUGGGCAGUCUCAUAGGAAAUGACGCUCCUUCUGGACAGCUGCUGCACGGCUUAAACGCGCAGGUUGAUCUCAUUUACUUUAGUGUGAGCUGGAGAUGCUGUAGAAGGAGUGUGGUUUAAUGCGUUAUAGGCAUACUGCGAUUAACAGCGCAGUAUAGAUUUGGAUGAAUUCUUGCGGGAAAUUUGAAGUUUGGCAGUUUAGUUACACUGGACAAAUAGUCUCCUGAAACCUUAAUAGAAUCAUGGAUGCGAUUUUUGAUGUGUCGUUUAUCGUGCCCGCGGUCAUAUUCACUUUUCUUGCAAUUAUCUUGGCCACCUCGAUCUUCGGUAAGAAAGCCGAUCCAGAGUCCGAGACGAUCGUGGACGAUGCUCCUGUAGAGGAAAUUGCGAGGGAAGGAGAUGAAUUGCAACAUAAAUCCGAAAAACAUAAGGCUUCACAGAGUGAAGUUAACAGAAUAGAAGAGAUCACGGCAGAACCAGAGUCUGAUGUUCCCGCAGUGGCCCCGGUGGUGGAGAAGAUGGGAACGCUGGAGAAAGAGCCCGUGACCCAGUCUGAGAUUCCGCCUGCGCAACAGGAGUUGGAGAAAAGUCAGAUAACGGAGUCUGUAGCAGAAAUAAUCAAGAAGUCUGUAUCAGAGACACUAUCAGUGGCAUCAAGGAUCCUGGAGAGUGAACCACCACCACUGGAGAAAAAGAUUGUUCCAGAACCCAUGAACCUUGCUUCCCAAGUGGGCUUUGCACCGGCUCCAAAACCCGUGCCGGUUCUUGAAGCAGCUUCUGAACCGGAACCUGUUCCUGAAGCACUUGCUGAAGCAGAACCUGUUGCACAAGUGGUACUUGAACGAAAAAAUCUUCCUGAAGUUGCCUCUGUGGCAGCCACUGGACCCACAUCAGUCCCCGAGGUCACCCCUACGGCAGCCGCCGAACCGGCAUCCAUCCCAGAGGUCACCCCUACGGCAGCCGCCGAACCGGCAUCCAUCCCAGAGGUCACCCCUACGGCAGCCGCCGAACCGGCAUCCAUCCCAGAGGUCACUCCAACGGCAGCCGCCGAACCGGCAGCAAUCCCAGAGGUCACCCCUACGGCAGCCCCUGAAGAAGUAUCUAUUCUUGAGACCAGCUCUAAACUGGAUUCUGAACAGGAAUCUGUUCCCAAGGCUUCCCCUACUGAUUCAGUGCCUGAACCUAUUCUUGACCCCUUGUCCAAGACCACAACAUCUAUCCCAGAAGACUUUCCAGAGUCUGCUCCUGCAGUGGCUUCUCUGGAGGACAUCCUGCAGAUGGCAGCAGAGCCCGGCCCAGCGAAAGAAGAGCAUAUUGCUGCUCCCCACCCCCACCCUGCAGAUGCUGUGGUGCCGUCCAGCUCAGACGGUGAUGCUGAGCCUCUGAAGUACGUUUCCAGAAAACUUAGAACCAGUCAACUUGAGAAGCUGAUGACCAAGGAAGAGCUGGAGGAAGAGCAGAGGAUGCAACAGAAACAGCUGGCUGCGAUAUUCCAGCUGCUGAGGAACAACAAGGAGACCUUUGGCGAGGUGACGGAGGGGGACGUGACGGAACAGCUGAAGCUCUACUCCAAAUAGACCUGGAUGCUGGGUGGACUGGGGAGACCGGGAGCUGAGGACAGGUGUCUUUUGAAGCGUUUAGGCACCAAACCCCUACGGCGCUUUGGCCGUGACAGGAAAUUCGACAUUCUCAUCUCCUUGCUAUAUUCAGGCACAAGAGAGAAUCAAUUUUGUUCCAUGUAUUUGCCACAGCAUAAACUUAAAAUGGAAGCUUUUUUUCUGACCUGGUAGGUGUGCACUUCAUGUGCAUUCACUGGUGUAUUUGUUUCCUUCCUCCCUUGCUGUUAAUGAUUUUGGGAAGGUCUUUCUGCCUGUCUGACUCCUGGUGAUGUGGACCAGCUUAAUUCCGAUGCUGCAGUGAGAAGAUUGUCAUGCCGAACGGUAUUUAGCUUUUGUUGGUGGGUUACCAGUAAAUGUAUAGUACUGGCACAUCAUCACCUCCAGUUCGCUUUAAAAAACCGAACUGAAGAAACAAGCCAUCAUGACCGUCAGGUUUGCUUGGUGUUUUUAUGACGUUUCACUGGAUAUAGUUUUGCACGAAGUUACUGUGUGUUUUUAUUUUGUGUUCACAUUAAUGUAUUAUGAAGAGCAUAGCAUAGUGGAAAACAACGAUCCUGCAUUUAUUGUACAAGCUGCGUCCAACUGUCUUGAAUCCUGUGAAAUAGGUAAUAAAGUUCUUUUCUGUUUA